AUGUACAACACCAAACCUAAUGCUCCUUUCAGACCUCCCAGGUUGAUACGGAAAAUCGACUCCAAUGGUCUGCUGUUGCUGCCACCACUGAGCUCCGGUAGCUCCCAAUCAUAUGCUCCUAAACGCGAUGCUGAAAUUUGCACUAAACCCAUACCACGACCCACAUUGCAAGCACACCCUAUAGCGAACAAUACGCAACCACUUCCUAAGAAACAAAAGCCGUCACCGGAUCCAACCGAAUCUAGUCAUGACAAAUAUCUUGUCCAAUGGAGAAAAAGGACAACCAAAAAGAAUAAGACUUGGGAUGGUGAUGGAUAUGCCACUAUUGUUGUUGCUGCAAAUACAAAUCAGGUAAUGAUUUCACUUCGUUCACAGGAUGGAAAACCCAUGGGUAAGAAACAAUUCAAUUCCUUGCCUAAUCUUGAUGAAGUUAUAGUUAUAGGAGGCUAUGAAUUUGAAAUUGAUGAAAAAGUGAGCAGUUCUCAGGUAGCCUCUUCUGGUGUCGCUGAUAAGGAAUCGUCAUCCUCGCCGGCAAAACCCAAAGUUGUAUCAACCGGGUUUAAAAAGGUUGCUCCUCAGAACUAUACUCAAUCUCCUGAUUUUAACGUUAGAAAACCAUUAUAUGAAAAUAAUGCAAAUGGAAUUGCCUUGCCUGAUCCACCUAAUUGUCCAAAAUUUGUCAAGGUCCAUGUAGAUCCCAUUCUCGCUACGAAAUUAAGACCACACCAGAUUGAAGGUGUGACAUUUUUAUAUGAAUGCUUAUUGGGGUAUCGUAAUUUCAAAGGUAAGGGGUGUCUCUUGGCUGAUGAGAUGGGAUUGGGCAAAACUUUGAUGACUAUAGCUACAAUUUGGACCCUACUCAAACAAAACCCAUUUAUAGACCAGAAGAAGCCGAUUGUAAAUAAGGUAUUGAUCGUAUGUCCGGUGACAUUGAUUAAUAAUUGGAGGCUGGAGUUUAGGAAAUGGUUGGGGAUGAACAAAGUGAAUGUCUUGACUUUGGGUAAUUCAAGUAAUGAAAAGUUGGAUAUUAUUAAUUUUGGAAAGUUGAAUGUAUACCAGGUGCUAAUUAUCAAUUAUGAGAAAGUAACUGCUCAUUAUAAAGAGUUGGCAAGUGUUGGGUUUGAAUUGUUGGUUUGUGACGAAGGACAUAGGUUGAAGAAUAGUUCGAAUAAAGUGUUAAACCAUCUAAUUAAAUUGAAAAUUCCAAGAAAGAUUGUCUUAACUGGUACUCCAAUUCAAAAUUAUCUACUUGAAUUUCAUACAUUGAUUUCAUUUCUUAAUCCUGGAGUAUUACCUGAUCUCAAAAAUUUUCAAAAGAAGUUUGUAAAUCCUAUAUUGCGGGCACGAGAUAUAAAUUGUUUUGACCAAGAGAUUAAGAGGCAAGGGGAAGAGAUUUCCAACCAGUUGAUAGAAUUGACUAAACCAUUUAUCUUGCGUCGAACUCAACAGAUUUUGAAGAAUUACUUAACCACGAAAACUGAUAUUUUAUUGUUUGUACCACCCACUCCACUUCAAUUGAAGUUAUUCGAUCAUAUUAUCAGCUUGAAGAACUUUAAUGAAAUGUUUUCCGGGCCUGCUUCAUUCACCAUGAUUAACAUGUUCAAAAAAAUCUGCAACUCGCCAUCAUUAUUAAAGAAUGAUGAUUUCUUCACGAAAUUAAUCAAUGAAGAUCCAACUUCAUCUGCUUUCCUUCAAUCCAAUCCCCUUUCUACCGCCUCGGGGAAGAUCAAUAUGCUAAUUCCACUAUUGUUAGAAAUCACAACCAGAGGCGAAAAGAUUGUGGUAGUUUCAAACUAUACCCAAACCCUCAACCUCCUUGAAAUAAUCCUUCAGAAAUUAAACCUCACCUUCUCAAGACUCGAUGGCUCAACCCCACAUAAUGUCCGGAACAAACUCGUGAAUCAAUUCAAUAAAACUCCAAGUAUACUGGUUUUCCUCCUUUCGUCCAAAUCAGGGGGGAUGGGUAUUAACCUAACUGGAGCAUCCCGAUUAAUCUUAUUCGACAACGAUUGGAAUCCCGCCAAUGAUAUCCAAUCCAUGUCAAGGAUUCACCGUGAUGGACAGCAGAAGCCAUGCUAUAUCUAUCGACUCUUCACUACUGGAUGUAUAGAUGAGAAAAUUUUCCAGAGACAAUUGAUGAAAAAUAAACUAAGUGAUAAAUUCUUAGAUGGGGGCCAAGAUAAAGGAGGAGACGCAUUUGAUUAUGAAGAUUUGAGGAAUUUGUUCAUGGUUGAACUGGGACUGAGGUGUAAUACUCAUGAUUUAUUAUGUUGUGAUUGUGGUGGAGAUGGAAGUCUUGCUAGUCAGGAGAUUGAGAAUGAUGAUGAUGACACGGAACCAGUAUUGGCCACCACAAUGCCGUCAUGGAUGUCGGCAAGGGAGCUUCAAACUAAUUUGAAUGAGAAUGAGAAUGGUAAUGGAGGGAAGAAGAAGAAGUCUAUGAGAUUGGCGUUGGGUGAUUAUCGGCAUUACGAUCCAAAGGUAUGUGUUGAUACUGAGUUUGAUUCGGUGUUGCUGAGUAUUGUGAAUCAUGAAUCGUUUAAUGAGAAAAGAGUGGUGCCGGUGACGUUCAUUAUGCUGAAAAUAUCUGAGCAAGUGGAGGAUGCUGAUGAAGCUCUUGAUGAAGUGGGGGAGAAAGAGAACGUGGAUGUUUCCCCUGUAGAUGACAAACAAGUAUGA